CGACCAGUUAUAAACAGACUUUCAGCAAGUGAACGGGUCGUUGUGUGUUCCACGUUGUGCGUUUAUGAAACUAUAACCACAACAUAACAAACGAACAUCCUGUAACACCAUAACUCCUGUGAACAAUUAAAGUUUGGAUAUCUACACCCCCUGGAUUGCUGCAAUCUUUCUGACAGAAGAUUUAGGCCAGACUUGUAUACACCAGCAUCAAUUAUUCAUAAUUUCACAAGUGGUCCUUCGAGCCGGAGGUAUACAAGCUGCGCUAUGGCCACAUCCAGGGAGCUGUAUGAUGGGCAGCCACCGCUCAGUCCCCGUCCCAGCAGAGUGCGGCGCAUUCCCGGACAUCUGGAGGACUUCGAGCUCAGCUACCCACAUCAACCUCUUUAUCCCCCCCAUAUGAGGCCAGUCUCAUCACCGAGGCCAGCAUAUGACGAGUCGCCCAGCCAUGGAGGACAUGUCAGCUACCCUGUAGCAGCACAUCACCCUGUUGGCACUCCAGAUCACAACUGGCAACGAUUAGAGGCACGCUGGCAGACGAUUAGCAGGCAGAUGCAAGAGCUAGAAACGGACAUGGACAAGGUAAAGAUCACCGCACAUCCAAAAAGUGCCCUGGGUUACCCUUCAUACCACUCACAACAGUUUACAGCAUACCAGAGUCGCUAUAGCAGCCUCCCUCAACUGGAGCUGUGUUCUCCCACGAACCAACGUAUGGAAGAAACAGGUUUACUCUCAUAUCCUCAAGCUCAUCCUGCUCCUCCCCAAACGUCUCCUUCAACGUCUCCACCUCAAUCACAGGCUAAUACUCCUGCACCGCAGACACAGCAGAUUUCCCCCGCGGCGCCGGUUACUUCUGCUGAACAGAUGCAGCCUGCACCUCCUAUGGCUCCAAGAGCUUCUGCAACAGACACGCAUUCUGCACCCACUGCUUCGCUGAUGCAGCCUGCGUCACCUGUCACUUCUCCUGCUGUAGUACAGCCUGAACCUCCUGCCUUGCUAAUACAUCCAGGUGUUAUUCCUGCUCCUGUUGCAUACCCGCAGUCUGCGCCAGCUCCAUCGGAACAGCCAUAUAAUCCACAUCACCGGUACUGGCAGACGGCUCCACAGCCAUAUCAGCCUAUGCAGUAUGCUGCAUCCACUCGAGUACAUCACUCCUACAUGAUGCAGCCUCCUGCACCGGCCUGGCCUACAGCUAAUCCUAACAUACCCAGUAUGAUGGAGAUGGCGAUUGCAUCAUCAUAUGGCAUCCCAAAGCCAAGAUUAACCAUCUUCAGCUCAGGAAAAUAAACUGACUUUCUUAUGCUCAAAAAGGGAUUGGACAGCGUGCAUGGCCCUCACCAACACCUGUCCGAGGAUUAUAAAUACCAAAUACUCCUCGAUCACCUCACCUUUCCAUCUGCACUCCAGGUAGCUAAGAGGUACAUCAACAGCCCAACUCCAUACACAAGUGCCAUGCAAACCCUGACCCAACGCUAUGGCCAGCCAAGACAACUGGUGCAGGGAGAGCUUAAAGCCAUAUUGAACGCUCCAGCAGUGAAAACUGGUGAUUAUCAAGCGUUUGAAGACUUUGCAGCAUCAGUUGGCACUCUGGUGGGAAUGCUAAACACCAUGGAAGGCCCCUCAUCAUCCGAGCUGAGAUGUGGGUCUCAUGUUGACACCUUACUCAGCAAACUCCCUCCUCACUUCAGAGACUCGUUCGUGGAAUACUGCUUCAACAGAGGAAUCAUCCAGAGCGGUAGUAACCUCACAUAUACUCUCCCUGACCUAGCUGCGUGGCUCGAGAGGAAAGUCCAGACAUUACAGGUGUCACGUCGAAUAACUGUCACAUGUCCAGAGCCUGCACACACAGACAGUAAGGAGCGAAGAGUGGCUAAGCCACAGAGAGUCAGACCUGCUACUAUACUGCUUGGUAGCCAGCAGGGAGCCCAACACUCGAAUCCAUCACCUGCUGCUAGCACUCCUGCCCAGCUAAAUAAACGUGAACGUUUUAAGCCCUUCUGCCCUUAUUGUAAGAACCAGGAGCACUACCUCAACGCCUGUGCCGACUUUGCUAAACUCACUAACACUGAAAAGGCAAGCUGGAUAAAGGAUAACAGGAAAUGCUGGAGGUGUGGGAGAGGCCACACGCCUGAAAACUGCACCUUAAAGAAACCAUGUGCAACCUGUGGACAACAACAUCUUAUCAUACUGCACGAUGUGGCCCUCACACUGACUGUAUUGACUGUAACUGCUUCCUCCAGUGUGGUCUUCACAAACCAAGUGAGCCGGUCAGGCAAAGUAAUGCUUAAGGUUGUCCCUGUCCGACUACAGAAUGGAAAGAAAACCCUGGAUACGUACACUGUACUGGAUGAUGGCUCUGAAAGAACUAUCAUACUACCAGCUGCUGCCCGCCAUCUCGGCCUCCUCGGACAGGAAGAGGUAAUAUCCCUCAGGACAAUUAGGCAAGAGAUAGUGCAGGUGAAAGGAGCUACUGUGUCAUUCAAAGUGUCAGCCAUGACGAAGAAAGGUGUGAAACACAAUAUCAGUCAGGCCUUUACAGCUGCCGAGCUGAAUCUGGCAGAGCAGUCACGUGCAGCUGAGUCCCUGAAGCAAACAUACAAACAUCUUAGGGACAUCCCACUGCCGUCCUUUAAUAAGGUCAAGCCCAUGCUGCUCAUCGGGUCAGAUAACACACAUCUGAUCAUCCCCAAACAGCCUGUGCGCACAGGCCCAACAGGCUGCCCAGUGGCUGUAUGCACGGCACUCGGAUGGACUAUACAGGGACCAGCCAGCUUCCAUCAGCAGUCAGCAGGUGAGAGCAACUGUCUCCAUUCAUCCUUCCUCUCCCCUUCAGAGGAGCUGCAUCAGAACGUGGAGAAACAAUGGCAGCUCGACACACUCCCCUUCAGGAGCAUCAAUGAAGUGACCCGCUCUGGUGAGGAUAAAGCAGCCAUUGAACUACUGGAGGACAAGACUGUACGUGUCAAAGUUGACGAUGUGUCUCGCUACGCCACUCCACUACUGCGUAAGCAAAGUGCCCCCUCUCUGCAUGUACCUCCUACUGCAACAAUGGCUCUUCUAAGAGCUACAGAACGCCGUCUGUCUAUCAACCCUAAGCUAUCAACAGUCUACAAUGAGGAGAUCCAUAAGCUGGAAAAGGCUGGUUAUGCAGUGAAGAUUAGCUCUGAAGAGGUGAGCAACUCCAAGGAGUCAUGGUUUAUCCCCCACCAUCUUGUACAACACAAUGGUAAACACAGUCGUCUUCAACUGCUCCUUUAAUUACCAACAAGCCUCUCUUAAUGACAAUCUGCUUCGUGGACCGAUCCUGGGCUCAGCGCUGCUUGGCGUGCUGCUGAGGUUUAGAGAGUAUUCUGUGGCCAUCAGCGGAGACAUACGUGGCAUGUUUCAUCAAGUGCGUCUCCUCCCUGAAGACCAACCACUGCUCCGCUUCCUGUGGCGAGACAGGGAGACAGAUCGCAGUCCAGAUGUCUACGAGUGGCGCGUACUGCCCUUCGGGACCACCUG